GGGCGGGCUCGCCGGGCGGCAGGUGUCGGCGGCGUCGGCAUUCGGCGGCGAUGGAGCGGCUCCGGGGAGCUGCGGACGGCCUCUCGCGCUGGCCCCACGGCCUCGGCCUCCCCCUCCUCCUCCUCCUCCAGCUGCUGCCGCCGGCCACCCUCGGCCAGGACCGGCUGGACGCGCCGCCGCCGCCCGCCGCGCCGCUGUCGCGCUGGUCCGGCCCCGUCGGGGUGAGCUGGGGGCUGCGCGCGGCCGCGCCCGGGGGCCCGGCUCCCCAAGGCGGCCGUUGGCGCCGCAGCGCGCUCGACGAGGACGAGGACUGCGGAGGUGUCCGGGACUUCGUCGGCAGGCUGGCCAACAACACGCACCAGCAUGUAUUUGAUGAUCUCAGUGGCUCAGUAUCCUUGUCCUGGGUUGGAGAUAGCACUGGGAUCAUUCUAGUCUUGACUACCUUCCAUGUACCACUGGUAAUUAUGACUUUUGGACAGUCCAAGCUAUAUCGAAGUGAGGACUAUGGAAAGAACUUUAAGGAUAUUACAAAUCUGAUCAAUAACACUUUCAUUCGGACUGAAUUUGGCAUGGCUAUUGGUCCUGAGAACUCUGGAAAGGUGAUUUUAACAGCAGAGGUGUCGGGAGGAAGUCAUGGAGGAAGAAUCUUCAGAUCAUCAGAUUUCGCAAAGAACUUUGUUCAGACCAAUCUCCCUUUUCAUCCUCUGACUCAGAUGAUGUAUAGCCCUCAGAAUUCUGAUUAUCUUUUAGCUCUCAGCACUGAGAAUGGCCUGUGGGUGUCCAAGAAUUUUGGGGGAAAAUGGGAAGAAAUCCACAAAGCAGUAUGUUUGGCCAAAUGGGGAUCAGAAAACACCAUCUUCUUUACCACCUAUGUGAAUGGCUCCUGCAAAGCUGACCUUGGGGCACUGGAAUUACGGAGAACUUCAGACUUGGGAAAAAGCUUCAAAACCAUUGGUGUGAAGAUCUACUCAUUUGGUCUUGGAGGACGUUUCCUUUUUGCCUCUGUGAUGGCUGAUAAGGAUACAACGAGAAGGAUUCAUGUGUCAACAGAUCAAGGGGACACAUGGAGCAUGGCCCAGCUCCCCUCUGUGGGGCAGGAACAGUUCUAUUCUAUUCUAGCAGCUAAUGAUGACAUGGUGUUCAUGCAUGUAGACGAACCUGGAGAUACGGGAUUUGGCACCAUAUUCACCUCGGACGAUCGAGGCAUUGUCUAUUCCAAGUCCUUGGACCGACACCUCUACACCACCACAGGUGGCGAGACGGACUUUACCAAUGUGACCUCCCUCCGGGGGGUCUACAUGACAAGUGUGCUCUCAGAAGAUAAUUCUAUCCAGACUAUGAUCACUUUUGACCAAGGAGGAAGGUGGAAGCACCUGAGGAAGCCUGAGAACAGUGAAUGCGAUGCUACUGCAAAAAAUAAGAACGAGUGCAGCCUUCACAUUCACGCUUCCUACAGCAUCUCCCAGAAACUAAAUGUUCCAAUGGCCCCACUCUCAGAGCCUAAUGCUGUUGGCAUCGUCAUCGCCCACGGUAGCGUGGGGGAUGCCAUCUCAGUGAUGAUCCCAGAUGUGUACAUCUCAGAUGAUGGGGGUUACUCCUGGCUGAAGAUGCUGGAAGGACCCCACUAUUACACCAUCCUGGAUUCCGGAGGCAUCAUUGUAGCCAUCGAACACAGCAGCCAUCCUAUCAAUGUGAUUAAGUUCUCCACAGACGAGGGUCAGUGCUGGCAAACCUACAUAUUUACCAGGGAGCCUAUCUACUUCACCGGCCUGGCCUCCGAACCCGGAGCUAGGUCCAUGAACAUCAGCAUCUGGGGUUUCACAGAGUCUUUCCUGACUCGCCAGUGGGUCUCCUACACCAUUGAUUUUAAAGAUAUCCUUGAAAGGAACUGUGAAGAGAAGGACUAUACGAUAUGGCUGGCUCACUCCACAGACCCUGGAGAUUAUGGAGAUGGCUGCAUUUUAGGCUAUAAGGAACAGUACCUACGGCUACGCAAGUCAUCCGUCUGUCAAAAUGGUCGGGACUAUGUUGUGACCAAGCAGCCGUCCGUCUGUCCCUGCUCCCUGGAGGACUUCCUCUGUGAUUUUGGCUACUUCCGUCCAGAAAAUGACUCCAAGUGUGUGGAACAGCCAGAACUGAAGGGUCAUGACCUAGAGUUUUGUCUGUAUGGGAGAGAAGAGCACCUGACGACGAACGGGUACCGGAAAAUUCCAGGAGACAGAUGCCAGGGUGGAGUAAAUCCCGUUCGAGAAGUGAAAGACUUGAAAAAGAAAUGCACAAGCAACUUUUUGAGUCCAGAAAAGCAGGACUCCCGCCCACAGGGACACAACUUGUCCCAGAAUCCAGCUCCGCCUCCUCUUGGAUACAUUGAAAACACACACUCCCUAUCUCCCACCCAGAAGCAGAAUUCCAAGUCAAAUUCUGUUCCAAUUAUCCUGGCCACUGUGGGAUUGAUGCUGGUCACAGUCGUAGCAGGAGUGCUCAUUGUGAAGAAAUACGUCUGUGGGGGAAGGUUCCUGGUGCAUCGAUACUCUGUGCUCCAGCAGCAUGCAGAGGCCAAUGGGGUGGAUGGUGUGGAUGCUUUGGACACAGCCUCCCACACUCAUAAAAGUGGUUACCAUGAUGACUCAGAUGAGGACCUCCUGGAAUAGCUCCUCAAAGGAGCUGGGACCAAGCACGGAUGAUGGAACCGCAGUACCUCUUACACUCCCUGUGGCUCCAACUUGGGGAAAUAAAUUUCCCAUUGCACGGGA